AAAAAAAAAUCAUCUUCUACUUUGUUCUUCUCUUCCAAUGGCAAGUUCUGUUCUUGGAGUUGUUUUUGCAAUUCUAGUCAUGGUGGUGCCAAGUUCGGCCACAGUUUACACUGUAGGAGACACCUCUGGCUGGACAAUGGGUGUUGAUUAUAGCACUUGGACCAGUGGCAAGACCUUUGCUGUUGGUGACAGCCUUGUAUUUAACUAUGGAGGAGGGCACACAGUAGAUGAAGUAAGUGCAAGUGACUACAACACAUGCACAGUAGGGAAUGCAAUUACAUCAGAUAGCAGCGGAGCCACCACCGUAGCUCUGAAAACGGCAGGGACUCACUAUUACAUUUGUGGAGUAGUUGGGCAUUGUGGGAGUGGCAUGAAGCUUGCUGUUACUGUUAAGGCAGCUUCUUCAUCAACAGGGUCCGGUUCUGGUUCUACUUCUACUUCUACUACUACUACUCCUUCAUCUGGCACCACUAGUUCUACUACUCCUUCUACUACCUCUCCUUCUGGAACUACUACCAAUAAACCUGCAUCUAAUAUGUAUGAGUCAGCUUCAGCUAUUAUUUCACCGAUUGGGGCUAUUUUGUUCACUUUGGUUGCAUUUUUUGUCAUGGUUUUUUCAUUGUAAGGUUUGGCACUGGUGGUGACACCUUGGCCAGGCUAGAGGCAGUGCUCUUCUCUUUCCUCUCUUCUCUUAUCUUUCUUUGUGUUGAUUGUAUUCCGGAUAAUCAUUAUUGCUUUUUAUUAUAAAGGAGUAGGUUUAUAUCUUAUUCAA